CCAGAACGAGACUUGACUAUCCCGCUACUCCCGAGACUCCGGCUCGCCCACAGCCCUAAGAUUAUUCCAAGGAAUUCCAGGCACUCCGCAUUAACUAGCCGAGACUAACUUUGAAAUCGCUUGUGGUUGGGCAUUCUCCUUGCGCACAAAUGGCUUCCAAAUCCCUCAGAUCAUCUUUCCACCCUCUCAAAACAUCACUCAACUCUUAGUCCUCUUAAACAAUGGCCUCGUCGCUCCCUGUUCGCAUUGCCACAAACCUUUCGACAUUUAUUUAGGAUGUUUCCCAACGAAAAAUUUCAGGGGCAAAUGAGUCAAGAUCACAGCCUUGCGGCUGCCUAGUAAUCCCCAAACCUAGAAUCCUUCUUAUCAUUCAGCACCCGUGAAUGCCAUGGAGCCAUCAAACACUACACCUUCCCGGGAGGAGCUUUACAAAGUGCGAUUUGCAGAAAGAUGGGAACUCUUGAAACCGGUGCUUGAACGCCUCUAUUUCGACGAGAAACUCAAGCUCCCAGAAAUAAUAUCUCUGAUGAAAUCCACAUACAACUUCGACGCCAAUGAAGCCCAAUUCAAGUACCAAUUCAACAAAAAGUGGGGUUGGAAGAAGAGUAUUCCCUCCUCAACGAAAGAAGCUAUCUUAGAGAUCGCUCGGACAAGAGCUGCCGCGGGCAAAUUAACUCUCGUGAAAUUCAAGAACAAAGAAAUAGAUUUAAAGAAGAUUCGGAGACAUGCCAAGCAAACCGUGAGACAAGAUUUAUCCUCCAAAGAUGCCCUCGAGGACAGCGCAGAGAAAGGAGACCUUGACUUGAGCCAUGAAGUUCCACUAGAGAUUAGAAUCUUUCUUCUAUGGAAUAGGAUUUUUGAGUUCGAGGGCCUUCCUAUUCUUAGCCCUAUUGAUAUUGUUCCCUCUCCUGCCUGCGCCGUUGACCCAAUCGAUCUCACGGUUGCUACUCCUCCAGCGGAAUCUUAUAUCCCACAAUUUGACGCUUUGUAUCUGCACUCCUCAGUGAUGGAAAAGAAGUUGACCAGUCGAGCUCAUCUUUUUAUCCAAGGUAGAUAUGACGAGCUCAUACACGACAUUGUGAAAAAUGAGAUGAAGAUACUGUCGACAUGGUUAUACCAUUAUUGGCAAUUUGCAUUCCAUACAGCAAAGUUUUGGGGAAAUGGUCCACGAAAUUGGACCGCUGAGAAUCCCAAGUUGAGACAAAUUCUCGAAAUUGACACAUUGUCGUUCUCAGACCUGCCUCUCGCCUUAAGAGCAAGGACAGAACUCGCCCCAGGAUCUGGACAAGCCGUACAAGGUCCGACAAAAUUCUGCAACUGGAGUAUUCAUAUCUCAGACAAAGACUGGAAGAACUGGAAGAACUGGAAGAACUGGAAGAACUGGGAUCCAAGAGACGACUUGAACAACUUGGAGUCAACAAUGAAGGAGUGGCCAGAGAAUUGGAAGAACCCAGCGGUUGAAAAGCGGCUUCAGAAUGCGCUCAAUUCCAACAACUUCAGCAAUAUUAAAAGUGAAGACUUACCAAUGGCACUUCACCAAUUGGCCAAGACAGUCAACAAGUCAACAAAUCAAUUCCUCCAAAUGUCGUUAAGCUUCAGUAUCAUGGCUGGUAACUACAUUCUGAUCGAAGAAUUAUUGGGAAAGGCUGAAGCGGCAGAGGUGGAUUUGUCUGAGUUAUUUCCAUACCAUCUUGCCACAAGCUAUUUAGAUGGGUCAGUCCAAUGUUGUCGGAUUUUUGGUUUGCUAUGCAGAAGACUUGGAGGUGGAAAGUUUUCCCUUACCCGAUGCUACACAAACCAUCUGGGGCAUUCUGUGCUCGACAAUCUUAUGAUUGCUAUUUUGAAAGGCCAUACAUCGAUUACCCCGGGCAUUGCCAACAAUGGCUGGAGAAACCAAAGCCGUUUCGAUGGAGAUGAAAUCGAUAUCUGUGGCAGAUGGGCUCCUGACUCAAAUGAGCUCGCUACAGUCCUAGGUAGCGGAGCUGCUGAAUUCCACGGUGCUGAUUUGAAUACGUCGAGUGGACUCUACCUAAAGUUUUGUUUCUCCUGCGGUUCGAAACUGCAACUCCAGCCAUUGCAUACGCUCAUAUUCACUGCAUUCCAGCUUGCGCAAUUUGGACGCACCGGCGAGGAUCUGUUCGGCAUUAUUGCUUGCUUGCUCUGUUUGCUACAACUUGGGGUUGACCCUUCCCGGAAAUCAACGAUAUCCACAACAAUUCUGUUGGACCAGGCGCAAGACAAAACUUGUUGCCAUUCAGAGAUGACCCCUCUCCAGCUAGCAGAUUCGUUGGGCUUGAUGUUCUCUGAUACUUGGCCCACCAAACUGCAGGUGGGAUGGAAGAUUAUUUGCCAUCUUCUUGGUCUCGGGGAGGCGGAGCGGGACAAAUGGGAGCUACGACAUCCGAGUUCAGCAUCAGGUGUUGCAGCUCAAGAUCUUGAAGCGUCGGUGGAAAUUGGGGAUGCCACUGGAUCUGCACCCUCAAAUGGCUAUCAGAUUGGCUGUGACGAUUGUAUCUGGGAUGAAGGCUUCUUUGGCAAUAACAAGUAUCUUGGCCACAUCUGGGCUGCUGUCCAAACCGAGCUUCUGACACACCGGCGCCGCCAAGACGGAGAUCAUUGGAUGUCGGAGAACUUUGACAUGGAUGCUUUGUUGGGCAGCUUGCAGCUCGGCAGUGAGCUAGCCAUUGGAUUUGUGAACAGAGGGGUAAUGAAGAAAUACUGCUCCUGUGGAAGCUUCACGGAGAUUCCAUGGCCAAACUUGAGUCUUGGGAAACAGGUCACCGCGAGUAUUCUCGAAUCGACCUUCCCCGCAAUUGACGAACGGGCGUGA